AUGUCUCUCAGCAACCCAUCCCUCACCAAGCAACAACGCAUUCAGAUAUGGCGUGAGGAAGUGGCAGCCUCAGCAUCCGUCUGCACCUGCCCACCAAUGUCCCCGGCAGCAUCAUCUUCUUCAACAAACAUCUCCCUCUCCGCCUCCUCGUCAACUUCAUCAGCAUCCCCCGGGGCAGGAGACGCCUUUAACUUGCCCAGAGGCGACAUCCUUCCCUCACAACCAACAUACUGCCCAACAUGCUCCCGACUGGGAGCCCCUUCCGCAUUUGGCCUUGAGCCCUCUUCUUCAGCAUAUCUCGACGAUGUACGACAAGCACACUUGCUUCCCAGCGGAGGUCUCGACAGGCGCGGGUCCUUGAUGAUGUUCCGUACAAAGCACGGGAACCACGCCAUCUUCCGCGGUAUGCGAAACCUCGUUCGGCGUAUUAGUGGCGGUAGUAGCAGUGCCGAUAAGACCGGUCCGCUGCCACCGCGGGGUGCCGACGAGGUGACGAGCAUGUACCGUCGCGUGACGGUGGCAGGGCUGGACGGCGCGACUAUAAACAAAGCAGCGGUCGUGGCUGAGGCGAAUGCCGAGGCGGAUGCAAUCGAGGAUCUCGAGUCCGAGGGGAGGGGACACGUUCCGAAACUGAUUGCCGAGAAGCAAGCGAGACUCAUGAGGGCAGAGAGAUUGCUUGUAAGGUCACAUCGCCACGCUUGA